CUUCUAUUAAAAUGCUUUGCGACUUCGUGCCGAAAAGCAUUUUAAUAUUCAACACAACUAAGAUUAACUUUCAGCUUACGUGAACAUGUUCUUCAUCUUCGUUUUGUUGUCAAGCAACGGAUAAACAGACUUAUGUACUCCAGAUGACCUAAUCGAUUGAGGAUCCUGUUCUGUUUUCAAUUCUACAUGCCAUAACUAUACCAGUGCCAUUUAAAAAACUAUUUUCUCAGGGCUGACGUACUAAACGUGGAUUGAGGUAGAAUGGCAUCAAUCAAUUUUGAUUCAGUGUUGGAAUCUUUGGGAGCCGAAGGUCGAUAUCAAACGGUUCUCUACUAUUUGUUGUGCAUUCCAGCCACGAUACCGGCGGCUUUCCUUGCGUUUAAUCAAGUGUUUCUAUCGGCCACACCCGGUCAUUGGUGUCAAAUACCACAGCUGGCCAAUCUUACCAUAGAGAACCGAAAGGCCUUGGCCAUCCCGUUUGAUGGAACAAAAUACUCUUCUUGUACAAUGUACCACGUCGAUUACAAUCAAAUAUUGCCAGAAACGAUCUUGGCUGGUAUAUGGCCAGCAAAUAACACGUCACUCUCCCAGCCAAUCGUAGAUUCAACAUGGCCGGUCGUUAACUGCCUCUACGGUUGGGAAUAUGACAAGACUCAGUACGAAGCCACCUUAGUUACUGACUUGAAUUUAGUUUGUGACAACAAGUGGCUGCCAUCUUUUUCAACGACCCUUUUCUACGUAGGGUCGCUGUUUGGAAACCUUCUCUUUGGUUGGAUCGCCGAUAAAUGGGGACGUAGGAUUUCUUUUUUGUUAAUGAUCUACAUGGCUGUUACUCUCUCAAUUGCUACAGCCUUCUCACCAAAUUACACAGUCUACAUGGUUUUCCGUGCCAUAAAUGGAUUGACUUUCCCAGCCUUGUUCCAGAUUCCAUAUAUUCUUGUGAUGGAGCUAGUAGGCCCUGAAUUCAGGACCUUUGCUGGGAACGGGAUCAGCAUGUUCUUUGGUCUGUCACUCGCUCUACUUGCCGGGCUGGCCCAUUUUCUGCGACAUUGGUUCCAUCUCGCAUUGGCGACAUCCGUUCCAUUCCUACCUCUCUUUGGGUAUUACUGGGUUGUACCCGAGUCUCCCCGGUGGCUACUUAGUAGAAAUCGAAUCGACGAAGCAGAGGCCAUAGUUCAACGUAUCGCUCGGAUCAAUAAACGGAACAUACCACCAAACUAUUUGCGAAGCUUACAGCAGCAUACGGACUUAAUGUUGCAGACGGAUAUCAACAUUAAGCUGUCAACGGAAGAACAACAGGAAAUACCUCGUCAUCCGUCGCAUCAGCCGAGCAAGGGAACUAUGCUGGAACUGUUGCGCUAUCCAAACAUGCGUCGUAAAUUUUACAUUCUGACGUUUCUGUGGCUUGCCAAUUCAGUGGCAUACAAUGGCCUUUCGUACAACUCGUCGAAUCUCGGUGUUUCAGACACGUUGGCUUUCUUUAUCAACGCAGUCGUUGAAGCCCCAGCCUACGUCCUGACAUGGUGGGCAAUGAGCAGAUGGGGCCGUCGAUGGGUCACUUGUUUAACCAUGUUACUCGGUGGCCUGGCCUGUUGCUGUUGUAUGCUAGUUCCAGAAGAUCCCCUGUGGAUUUCCGUUACUUUGGCGAUGAUCGGAAAAUUUGGAAUAGCUGCUUCAUUCGGAAUCAUUUUCCUUUACGCUAGCGAGCUCCUACCUACUGUUGUUCGAAGCCAAGCAAUGGCAAUCGCAUCCUUUGUGGCUGGGAUAGGACUAAUAGCAUUUCCGUAUAUAGUAUUCUUGGCAGUCUAUUCUCGUCUAUUACCCUUGCUGAUUAUGGGUUUGCUAGCCACAGCCGGGGCCUUGUGUUCAGUUUUGCUUCCAGAGACGUUGGGCGUAAGCCUACCACAAACUUUAGAAGAGGGAGAAGCGUUCGGUCUACGGCAUCGCAUCUGGAGUUGUCCAGCAGGUCGCAAAAGCAGAUGCCAAAAAGUAGACGGUGCUAAAAGUUCAAACGUCGGAAACGAAUCCUUGGUUCUUUUAGAGCCAAGCGAUGUAGCAACAACGAAUGCGGAAUUUUCUCAGCCGCAGCCAUCAUCCACAUCUUGUAGUCUGUAAAGCCAUUUGAUUUUUUUUCUAUUCUUACAUUUUCAGUGACAUCAAAUCACAAUGGGAUAUGUUUCUUUUCAUCAAACUGAAAUAUACUAAGACAUUAUUU